GGCUCCGCCAGGUCAGGACCGGGGCUGCGGGGAUGGGACCGGCACCGGCACCAGCACCGGGCCCGGGGGCGGGGGGAGCCGAACCCUCCGCGGUAGGCACGGCUCGCCCCGCCUCGCCCCGCGGAGCCGCUCCCUGACGGCGGCGUCGUCGUCGUCGUCCCGCUGCAGGUGCGGCGAUGAGGAGCUGGGGCGUGCUCGGGGGGCUGGCGGCUGCCCUGGCCGCCGGUGUCUACGUGCUGUGGGGGCCCAUCGCCCAGAGGAAGAGGCGCCGGAGAGGGCUCGUACCUGGCCUCCUGAACUUAGGAAACACCUGUUUCAUGAACUCUUUGCUGCAAGGCUUAUCUUCAUGUCCGUCUUUCAUCAAGUGGCUGGAGGAAUUUACAGCACAAUACAAGACAGAGCAGAACCAAUCCACCGAGCAUCAAUACUUGUCACUCACUUUGCUGCAUCUCCUCAGAGCUUUAUCCUGUCAAGAGGUAACGGAAGAUGAUGUCCUGGAUGCCAGCUGCUUAUUAGAAGUUUUAAGAAUUUACAGGUGGCAGAUCUCAUCAUUUGAAGAGCAGGAUGCUCAUGAACUAUUUCACGUACUUACCUCUUCGUUGGAAGAUGAACGGGAUCAUCAGCCACGUGUCACGCAUCUGUUUGAUGUGCAUUCACUGGAGCAGCCAGAAAUAACCCAAAAGCAAAUAAGCUGCAGAACAAGAGGGUCUCUUCCUCCUGUGUCAAAUCGCUGGAAGUCUCAGCAUCCUUUUCAUGGAAGGCUGACUAGCAACAUGGUUUGCAAACACUGUGAACACCAGAGUCCUGUGAGGUAUGAUACCUUUGACAGUCUCUCACUGAGUAUUCCAGCAGCUGUGUGGGGUCGUCCACUGACGCUGGAUCACUGCCUCCAUCAUUUCAUCUCCUCUGAAUCUGUGAAGGAUGUUGUGUGUGACAACUGCACAAAAAUUCAGGCAGAAGGGACUCUGAAUGGACAGAGCAUAGAAAACCAGAGAACAACAUUUGUUAAGCAAUUGAAGUUAGGGAAGCUCCCUCAGUGUUUAUGUAUCCAUCUGCAAAGACUGAGCUGGUCAAACCAAGGCGCACCCCUGAAACGUCAUGAACAUGUACAGUUCAGUGAGUUCCUGAUCAUGGACAUCUACAAGUAUCACGUUCCUGUUCAUAAAUCAAGCCAGAGUGAUCUGAAUCAGAAAAACUCUGAAGAGACAAAGCCUGGAACAAAGGGUGGGAUAGCAGUAAAACCUUCAGAUGCAGAACAGACACAUGGUACUAAAUCGCUCAUUAUGAACGGUGCCUGCUCCACUUCAUUUUUAAUGUCCUCGGGAGCUUUUCCACUCGCUGCAUUCCCUGAAUGCAGUUCCCCGGUAUACCUUUACCGUCUGAUGGCAGUCGUAGUUCAUCACGGAGACAUGCAUUCUGGACACUUUGUGACUUACCGCCGCUCUCCACCUUCUUCAAAGAACCCACUGUCUGUCAGCAAUCAGUGGUUAUGGAUUUCAGAUGACACAGUUCGCAAAGCUAGUUUGCAGGAAGUCCUUUCUUCUAGUGCGUACUUGCUUUUCUAUGAGCGUGUUCACUCGAAGGUACAGCACCAACGUUUGGAGCUGAGGGCUGAAGAAUGAUUGAGAGCUGAAGGAGGACAAAAACUGCCAAAAUUCCUCUGAGAUCCUCAUUGCACCUCUUGUCUGUUAUGCAAAUAAUCCACCACAGGCCCUUUAACUUUCCCCUCCCUCUGUGGCAACGGCUGGCUCCUGUGGGAGUUGUUUUGUACCAAAAUUACGCUACCCAAAGUCGGUCUGCUAAUGUUGUGCAGUCCAAAACGUAUUUGUAUUACAGAAGCAUUUAUUCUGUUAGGUGGUAAUUUUGUCAACAUCACAGCUCUAAAACACAUUUCAAACAGACUUCCCAGGGCCAUAUUCCCUAUUCUGACAUGUAAAUUUUCAAAGGGAGAUGCUUUUAAUCCUAUACAUUUCACUGCAGACAUUUCUGAACGAGGGAGCCCCAGAAGCAGCGGAUGGGAAGCUACCGUUAUCAAAGGCAAUGACUUGAGAAACAAAGUGCCUUGAGCUUAUUUGAAUAGUUAGGUUACCAUUGUCUGAGUCCACUGCAUGUCAGUUGUGUUCUGAUAAAUGUCUCAAGAUGAUGGGAUGAAUUACGAACAAACAAGAUUUCUUCUGAUAUCACAGCUAAUGAAUAAAACAAGGCAUCUCUACGUAAUAGGCACAAUCCAAAAAUCUAUUUCCCUCUUCACUGUUUUCCUAAGAUUUCAGUUCUUUAUACAUCACAAAAAUACUUUUACUGAUUCAAACUGCAGUUUCCUUUUUCCAGGAGAAAAGAUCAAAUUCUUUUAUCAAUGAGGAGCUGACGCCCUGAUUUGUUGCCCUGUAUCUUUGCUCUAUAGGUGAAAUUAAGAGACGGAAACUUUUGUUAGCAAUCAGUAUUGUAAUUUCCUUGGUCACUAUGAAACUGUGAAUCCUGUUGCUUGUAGUAUGGACUACAACUUUUAAUGCCGUUACUUCAAGGCUACUGUAAUUGGUGUUCUAGAUGCGCCCUUCCUAUUUUAAUGUUGCAAACCAUCAUUUUCCAUCAACCCUUCACAUAUACGUUGUCAGGCUUACAGCUGAGCAUUAGGGCUUAUACUGGUUGUGACUGUGAGCUAAGAUAUAUAACAGCCCAAGCAUCCUCGUUAGAGUAUCUGCAAAUGAAUCAGGACUGAUGGGCGCUUGUCUGGUAAAGUAGUCUGGAAAGACUGUCACUGCGUUAGAUAUGCAGCUCUCCACACAGAGAGAGACCUGCAAAGUACAUGGAAGUUGUACUUUGCUGCUCUAGAUUGAUGUGUUUAAAAAAAAUAAUCCCAAACAAAGCAGGAAAGGAGAAGCAAAAACUACUUUUGACUUUGUAAAUUAUCGGGAAUAAAGUAUGUAGACUGU